UCUAAGCAUCUCAUAUCUAAUUUACCCCCACUCACAUUUAAUAGCAAAAUUUGCUAAGACAAAUUUGGAAAAUUACAUUAAAAUAUAUAUAUACAAGAUGUAUGAUAUGAGUGAGAGAAGGAGAAGAGAGAAUAUAUAGGAAAAGCGCUUCUGGGAGAAUUGAAGCGCUUCUCGGUGGUGACGUGAUUAAGAGCGUUGGCAUUAACAUGAACAGCAUGGGGAGGAGGAGUAAGAAGCUGCAGCUCUACUUGUCGAAGAAGCUGAGGAGAUCGGUCCCCAACAUCAACAUCCGCAUCCAAUUCCGGGCCAGAAGGAGGACCGCUGACAAACCCGUUAACCCGCAGUACUCCACCACCAGUUGGCUCCUCUCCGCCUGCAAGUACCCCAAGACGCCGUCCUUCGCCGUUAGCCGACACAACGACGACGACGCCGCCGACGCCGCCGCCGCCGCUCACGGCGCCACGCUGUCCGACGUGGACCGGUUCCUGCACGAGAACUUCCACUCCCUCUACAUCCGCGACCCGAGUGACGUCACCGACGCCGCCGCCUCGCCGCCCCCCCGGUUCGACCCCGAGCCGGGGCCGGUCCGGUCCUCGGACCGGUUCUUCGUGUCCCCCGCCACGACGUCGAACUCGAUCAUGCUGGACCGGGCCGGGCCGGCCACGUCGGCGUCGACGUCGUCGUCGUCGUCGGAGGAGGACACGUCAGCGGCGGAGGGGGGAGAGGAUGACGUGGCGGCGGCGGCGGCGGCGGCGGUGGUGACGUUCUCGAAGGACCCGUACGAGGACUUUCGCCGGUCCAUGCGGGAGAUGGUGGACGCGCGCCGCGUGGACGCGUCGCAGCCGUUGGAUUGGGACUUCAUGGAGGAGCUCCUCUUCUGCUACCUGGAGCUGAACGACAAGAGCGUGCACAAGUACAUCCUAACGGCGUUUACGGAUCUGACCGUUAGUUUCCGCCGUCCCCGGGACCCCGCGGUGUCGGCGGAUGCCGGGACGGAGCAGCGGCGGCGGCGGCGACGGACGAGGACAAAGGCUGCGGCGGCGGCGGCGGCGGUGCGGCUGUGACGGCGGCGUCGAACGCGCCCCGAUUCGUUACGAAAUUGUAUACUCGGUGAUGUUACUGACAGAGCUGAUUUUAAU